CGCGGGCGGCGGGUGCGCAGGCGCUGCGCCCCCACCUCCUCCCCCGGUCACCUCCGGUGCCGCCCGCGCGUCCCGAGCGGAGCCGGAGCGGGACCUCACGGUGGGGCCCCGGCGGGGACGGGGGUGUCCCGCGGCGGGAGGCUGUGGGGACGGUGCAUCUGAUCACCUGCUGGCAGCACUUCAAAGUCUCCACAAUGAGCUCCACGUUGAUGUUAUUUUUUGUUGGAAUCUUUGUCUGUUGUCCUUGCUCAGCUGGUGACUCUGUACCCAGGUUGCUCCUUGUGUCCUUUGAUGGUUUUAGGGCUGAUUACUUGGAAACCUACAAACUUCCUCACCUCCAGGAAUUCAUUGAGGAUGGUGUGCUUGUAAAAGAAGUCAUGAAUGCUUUUAUCACCAAGACCUUCCCAAACCAUUAUACCAUAGUGACAGGCUUGUAUGAGGAAAGCCAUGGCAUUGUGGCUAAUGACAUGUAUGAUGCAGAUGCCAAGAAAAAUUUUUCACAGUUCAACGACUCAGAUCCCUUCUGGUGGAAUGAGGCAGUUCCGAUUUGGGUAACAAAUCAACAACAGGGAAAAGGAGCAAGUGCUGCUGCGAUGUGGCCCGGUAGUGAUGUAAAAAUCAACAACACGACCCCUCAUUUCUUCAUGAAGUACAACUCCUCAGUGACGUUUGAGGAGAGAGUGGAGAGAAUUGUUGCGUGGCUCAACAGCUCCGACCCCGUGGUCAAUUUUGCUGUGCUCUACUGGGAAGAGCCGGAUGCAAGCGGGCACAAGUACGGCCCCGAUGACUCCCAGAAGAUGCGCACAGUGUUGGAAGAAGUGGAUAAACACGUCGGUUUCCUUAUGAGCAAACUGAAGGCAUCGGGGCUGUGGGACACUGUUAAUGUCAUCAUAACGAGUGACCAUGGAAUGGCCUCCUGUUCUGCAGAGAAGCUGAUUGUCCUGGAUGAGUGCCUCGGGCGCAAUAACUACACCCUGAUAGACAAGACUCCAGUUGCUGCAGUGCUGCCAAGGCAGAACAAAGAAGAUGUGUAUAACUUACUCAAAAACUGCAACAGUCACGUGAAGGUUUAUCUGAAAGAAGAAAUUCCCGACAGAUUCCAUUAUCGCCAUCACAGGAGGAUCCAGCCCAUAAUUCUGGUUGCAGACGAAGGCUGGACAAUUGUACAGAACGAGUCCCUGUCCAAGUUGGGCGACCACGGCUACGACAACGCCCUGGCCAGCAUGCACCCGUUCCUGGCGGCCCGCGGCCCCGCCUUCCGCCACGGCUACCGCCACGGCAGCCUGGCCAACGUGGACAUCUACCCCAUGAUGUGCCACGUGCUGGGGCUCGCCCCGCGGCCCCACAAUGGCACCUUCGCCAACGCCAAGUGCCUGCUGGCUGACCAGUGGUGCAUCAGUGUCCCCGAGGCCAUCGGCAUCGUCAUCGGGGUGUUCAUGGUCCUGAGCACUUUCACCUGCCUCAUCAUCAUCUCCAAGAACAGACUGGCUCCCUCCCGGCCCUUCGCCCGCCUCCAGUUACAGAGUGAUGACGAUGAUCCUUUGAUUGGGUAGGGCGGAUGGAGCCUCGCCUCGCUGCCUACAUGGUGAUUUCAGGAGAACUGUUCCAAUUUGCACUGGAUGGCAUUCUUUGUUUGAUGCACUUUAUCUGUGUAAAAUACUGUACAGCCAGACCCUGCUGAUUUGUGUGACUAGUGUCAUAUAAAAAUAUUUUCAUAACCAGUGAACAGAUAGCUUUUUACUGGGAGAGACGCUUAACAAAAUAAGGUUGCUUAGUUUUUCAUUCAAGCCUCUGAACACUUUCAGAAUGAGACUCCAAAGCGUGACUAGCCAAGAUAGACAAAGUGAAUUUUAAUAUUUGUAAAUGAUAUUUGCUUUUUUGUAUUAAAUUAAUAUUGACUACUUUUAGUGUCCUUGCACCUGUGUUGGAAAGAAAAGCUUUAUUGAGAGUUAGGAGUUAGUUUUGUUUUGAGAGUAUAUUCUGGUGUGCCCUUAAAUUUGGGGAAAGAGAAGAUCCAAGACUUUUGUUUCUACCCUAAGUCAGCAAUGUGACAAGAAAUUUCUGAGAAAGAAAAGUCAAUGAUGAAAGAACUGGUGCAUAUCUCUUCUAUUUUGAGCAAUAAACUAUAUGAUUCAGCACUUACAAGCCUGGGCAGGUGGCUGUGACAUUUCUGGAUGUGUGUCUCUGGAUGACUUAGAUCCACAGGUCCAGCUGGGAUAGCACUACUGCCUUAUCUCAAAAAAGUCAGUUUAACCUGGGAGACUUUGAACUACCCAGUUUCAUCAGCUGUAGGUGUAAAAUCACUGCUCCUAAACCCUGUGGAAAAUUUCUCAGCAGUAAAUUCUGCAGAAGAGAUAAAGAGUUUUUGAGAUAAAGGUGGUUCUGCCCUGCGUACAAGCUCAUAAUUGCCUCGUACUAAAAAGCAAGAAUUGAAAGUUUGAUGUGCAGGUCAUCACGCAAGGAUUCCAAACUCAUAUUUUAAACCCUGGAAAUUUAAAGGAAGAAGUUAGCAGAUCUUAACUCAAAAAAUAAAUUCUCUGUAAUGUUUGAGGUACAUAGAUGCAAAUUCCUGGUGAAGACCAGAGCUAACUGUUCUCUUAAUGGAAACUCUUUAUUCUUUGUUAAUGGUCAUCUGGUAACUUGCUAUAAAAACAAUAGUUUGAUUGAGAAAGCCUUAAAUUUUAUCUUUAAGUGAGAUUGUUAUUGCUAACUGAAAAAGAGAACUACAGUUACCAAGUCCUUUUCCACAAGUCUGAUGGUUUUAAAAAAUAAAGUGACAGAGGAACCUGGUAGCAAUGGGGUUUCUCUUUCACAACUUCAGAUUCAUUGCAGUUUGAUGUUGGCCACAGCCUUUUGAUUAUCCAACAGAGAGGCAGCAGGAACUUUGGAGGGAAGGGGUUUCUUUGAACUGCCCACUGGAAAAAAUAAACUUGAGCUUUAUAAACGUG